AUGUCUUCAUCAAAUUCAUGGCAUGCACUUGAAUCAGAUCCUGAUUUAUGGCGAGUCUAUAUGGAAAAAUUAGGUGUCGAUAUUAAUUCACUUGAUUUUAUCGAAAUCUAUUCACUAGAUGAAGAUUAUUCAUUUAAUGAGACAAUAUAUUCUUAUAUUUUUCUUUAUCCAGACAGUGGUUUGUCAUCUAUUUCAAAUGUAUCUCAACCACUGAUAGAUGAAAAAUUAUGGACAAUUAAACAAAUUGAUGAAUUAGAUUGUUGUUGUUGUCUUAUUGCUCUUCUUCAUGCAAUUGGUAAUAAUUUGGAUAAAGUAAUAUUAAAACCAAAUUCUCCUUUAGCUGAAUUUUUUGAAAAAACUAAAACAAUGACUGCUGAUGAACGAGCUUUGGUCUUAUUAAAUGAUAAAAAAAUUCAUCAAGCUCAUGAAGAAAUAGCUGCACAAGGGCAAACACAAAUGGUUGAUAGUGGUAAAGUUGGCUAUCAUUAUAUAGCCUAUAUUGUGUCGAACAGCAAUAAAUUAUAUGAAUUGAAUGGAAGUAAAAAAGGGCCACAAGCAAAAUUCAUUGGAGAAUUAAAUAAUGAAAGUUUUUUUUCUCGUGUGACACAAGAAAUGCCGAAAGAUCGUCAAUCGACAAUUCGGUAUCGUCAAGGAACAAAAAAUAAACAACAGAUUCCUUCAUCAAGAGAAACAAAAAUAGAAAAGAAUGAAAAUUAUUCUCAGCUAUAUUCUCUUGCCUAUGUUUUGGUUUUAUUAAUUAUUGCAUUAAUUAUAUCCUAUUUACAUUUUUCAUAUAUAUAUGAAUUAUUUGAAAAUGAUAAACAUUUUUCACAUUUAUCAACAUUAGAACGUGAAUUAUCAUUUCGUACAGAAAUGGGUCUUUAUUAUUCAUAUUUUAAACAGAUUGCUAUUGAAUCAUCAUCAUUUAUACAAGGUUUUUUAUCAAUUAUAUCUGAUAAUCGAACAGAAGCACCAACAACAAUUAAUGUUUUAGAACGUUUUAAUCUUUAUCCAGAAGUUUUAUUGAGUUUAAUUUAUCGUAUAAUGAAUUCUCAAGGUAUAUUAACAGAAAUAUGUUAUCGAGUUGAUCGAGGUGAAACAAUGAGUUCAGUUUUAUCAUGUGAAGGACAUAAAGAACCAACUUAUUUCUAUGUAACAAGUGUUUUUAUAUUAAAUGGAUUUUUACUUGGUAUUUUAUUUUUAUUUGGAACAUAUUUAUCAAAAAGUAUUCUAGGUGGAAUAAUAACAACAUUUGCUUAUAUAUUUAAUCAUGGUGAAGCAACAAGAGUUAUGUGGACACCACCACUUCGUGAAAGUUUUUCAUUUCCAUUUCAUGUUCUGCAACUAUUUGUUAUUACAUAUAUUUUACAACAACAACAAACGUUGACUAAUAUUGAUGCUAUGAAAUCUUUCAUAGGAUAUAUAAAGAAACAUGAUCAAUCAAUUCAUGUUGAUAUACCACAAAAUUUAAUAUCUCAUAGACAUAAAAUAAAACUUGUAUUAAUGCUUAUUGGUUCGACAAUUCUAUAUAUGUUACCAUGGCAAUUUGCUCAAUUUACAUUAGCUACUCAAUUAUUAUCACUUGGUCUUCUCUAUAUAGUUAAUCUUUUACCAUUCCAUCAAUUUUUCUUUAUUUUAUGUGCUCAAAUUCUUUCAUUAAUAAUAUCAGCUAUGUUAAUGUUUGGUAAUCGAAUGUUAUUAACUUCUCUAUUUUCCAUAACAUUAUUUUCAUUUUAUUUUGUUUGUAUUUUGGAUAAAUUUUUUCUUAAUUCAUCAUCUUCAUUCCAAUCAUAUCGAUUAUUAAUUAUUAUUAUAAUUCGUCGAAUGAUUCUUUUUCUUUUUUCAUUUAUUUUAAUUAAAUUUGUUAUAAUUAAUUUUCUUUUUUCAUCAACCGAUGAUGAUGCUCAUAUUUGGGAUAUAUUAAAAUCAAAAUUUUCUUCAACAUUUCGUACAUUUGAUACACAAUUAUAUACAUGUGCAAAAGAAUUUGAUUUUAUUGAUAUGGAAACAAUAACUAAUUUAUGUCGAACUGGUCUUAUUCCAUUGUCAAUGAUCAUUAUCUGUAGAUUAAUAUAUGAUUUUAUUAUUGAUAUAUUUCGAAAAGAUAAUUAUCAAUAUAAACAAAUAUGGAAUUAUUAUCAUAUUAUUCAAACCGGUGCUUAUAUAUUUAUCGGUUUAUUAAUAAUGCGUUUAAAAUUAUUUCCUGUUCCACAAUUAUGUCUUUUAAUGAGUUUAUUUAUGAAUGAACAAUUAUGGCCAAGAAAAUUUAUUGUUUGGAAAAAAUUUAAAUUUAUAGUUUUUUUAUUGAUUCUUAUUGGAAUGAGUAUUCAAGGACGAAAAAAUAUCAAAGAACAAUUAAAAAUCAAAGGUGAAUAUUCAAAUUAUCCAAUGGAAAAAAUGAUUGAAUGGAUUAAUUUAAAUACUCAAAAUGAAUCAAUAUUUGCAGGUACAAUGCCAACAAUGGCUAAUUUAAAAUUAUCAACAGGUCGUCGAAUUAUUGUUCAUCCUCAUUAUGAACAUAGAAAAAUUCGUCAUCGUGUUAAACUUGUUUAUAGAAUGUUUUCACGAAAUUCACUUCGUUAUAUUCAUUCAAUAUUAAAACAAUAUCAAGUUAAUUAUUAUGUUUAUGAAUCUCAUUGGUGUACAAUAACAAAUCGUCCAAAAGGAUGUUCAUUUCCUGAAAUGUAUGAUAUUGAUGAACAAGAUCAAAAAAUAUUAACACGUACAACUCUUGCAUGUCAUACUCUUGAAUCUCAUCCUCAACCAUAUUUUAAAAAAAUUUUUAAUUAUGAUUAUCUCAGUAUUUAUGAAGUUUUAUGA